AUGCAGCGCGGAUUUUGUAGGGUGGGCACUGUGACCGUCUCCCAAGCACAGAAGCGGGCAGCAGAACUCAUUAACAGUUCAGAUGGUUUCUGUUCCAACGUUAUGCGGACGGUGCAGUUUACACCUACAGGUGUUAAGGCUUGUGAUGGCGAGUCAAUGGGUUUCUCAUGGAGGGCGAACCAACGGGCACUGAAUGGGUUCCGCUCCACACACGGGGGUGCUUUAGCCAUUUUAGCUGACACUUUCACGCAGAUUCAUCUGGGUGCUGCGAGACCCGCAGCAGAGUUCCGUUCUGUCAGCUUUGAGAUCAAUUAUCUUGAAGCCAUCCCGGAGAAUGCGGAGUGCACGUGCAUAACUCGCAUUGUUGGCGAUGGUGAAAGUGAUAUACACCACGUGGAGUAUUCUUUCCAGGAUGAAAGGCGGCGCAAAGUCUUCUCCCGUGGCACACAUGUGCUUUCGUGUACAAAAUAG